CCUCCCUGGCUGCCAAUCGACAGGGGCUCGAUACCCAGCUUUGUAUCACAGGGCUACAGCGGCCAUUGUUUUGCAUCCCAGCGGGCCUUGUACACAGGCUUGGCGAGCUAUUCAUCCGCCGUUACUGCACCCACUGUUGUGGAGUGGGACCAGGGCACUCUUCGUGCAGUCGCGGAGGAGAAACGUAGCCCGAUAGCAUCGGCCAGCCUCGCGGAGAAGAUGUGACGGUGUACGCACUGACCGGUGCCAAUUGCCCUUCAUCGGCUCUCUCUCGAUCGAAGUUGGCCGCACCCGAAGUCACGAUGCGGCGAGACCGGCCUCUUGCGUUGAGCGGAGCAGCGGCCUGCGUCUUGCUCGAGAUGCUUCGCUCGGUGGCUGCCAUAGGAGACGGCAGCGUAGGCAGCCUGAGCGCUGGCCUCGUGGGACCGGACACGGCCGUGCUGUCCUGGAUUCAGCCGACGAAUGGCGCCGACGGUUAUGAGCUGCGCGUGAUGCGCGGCUCAGCGCUCGUCUUCGCCCAGCGGUUCGCGCUCGAUGCGGCGACAAAGGCCGAUCCCGUGCUGUACUAUCGGCUUACUGGGUUGCGGCCAGCCACCACGUACAAUGUGACAGUGACCGCCAUACUGGCUGGCCAGCAGGGUCCACCCACUAGCGUUGUGUUCACGACGGCUCUCCUAGUGAGCCCAACGACUCCCGCGACCGCAAGUACUCCCCAAAGUGUUCUUAAUGGCCCCACGAGUAUCCAGGCCGUUCCGUUAUCGAGCACGUCUGUGCUGCUGUCAUGGGGGCCGCUGGCGCCGUACGUAGUUGGAGGCCAGUACCGUGUGCGCGUGCAGGAUGACGAGAACUCUCAGCGCUUUCUGAAUGUCGGCUACGUCCUCUCGACCAUCGUUCAAGAUCUGGACCCUACGGAGAAUUACACGCUCUCGGUGCAGUGGUGCCCUUCGCAGAACGUCUGCAGCCCCUUCGUGUCCACCAGGAGGAUUGCUAACGCACCAAAGCUUCCGGUGCCGUCUAACCUCACUGUGGUAGCUGUCGGGCCGUCAUCCAUUAACAUCACCUGGCAGCUUCCGGUGAAUAGCACGAACAUUACGGGCUACCAGGUGUCCUGGUGCCUCAGCGACUUGUGCAUCGGCAAGCUAAACGACCUCACGACCAAAACUUCCUACUCGGUUCAGCGCCUGCAAGACUUCAAGAACUACACUGUGUUCGUGUGCGCCUACGUGGAUCAAGGUUUGACCACGUUCGUUGGCCAAUGCAUCAAUGUUAGCGCCAAGACGCAGCCUGGAGCUCCCGCCGGCGGUGUGGCGAUACCACUGAGCCAGUCAUCGAUCCUUGUCGCUUGGGCGGCCAAACCGGGAUGCCCUUCCAUAUCGGCAUACAAUCUGAGGGUCGCCAGCCCGACGCCCACCGUAAACUGGGCCUCCACAGAACUGACUCAGUACACCUUCGCAAACUUGAUGACGAAGACGAAGUACACCUUCCAACUUCGGUGGUGUCCCCUGUCUGGAACAUGCAGCGAAGCCGUAAACAUAACUGGAAGUACUGUAUGAAGCUCCAAGGGCAGGAACUCAUUUGCAUAAGAAUGAGGCCUCAGCGUUCAUGCAAUGACGAUGGUGCUUGAUAAACUAUGCGCAAUGAACUUUGCACCUUGACUGUACGUGAAAUGCGACCUAUCGUACACGUGAAUGUUGCUCCGAACUCUGAAUGCGCUCAUCCCUGUAGCACAUUGUGUCCCCCACAAGGGGGAUACA